GUGAUCUUCUGCGACGAAAGUCAGUGGCGGCUGGCUGCAGUCCAGAUUCUUCGUUCCAUCACAUUUCUCGAUCUCCAGUUUCAGAAGCUCUCUUCCUCCCAGCCCCAACUGGCCUUGGGAAUUUCGACUGGGCCUCUGGUUCAAACCUUGAGAAUUCCGAUUUGAAUCAGUUUUGCAGCAAGCUAGAGCUACUCACGCAGGGAGGAAAAAUGGGUUCCCUGGCAGCUGCAACAGCCAAUGCCAACCUCUUAGCUACAAGCCAGAUAGGCCUGAAGGGGCUGACUGGCGGAGCGAAUGAGAAGGUAUUUUCAAAGCCGACCUAUGGCGGCUAUCUCAGCCUCGCAGACUCACUGAAGGGCCAGAGAGCUCUUGCUGUGCGAUCUGCCCGACCGGUCGUUGCCUGCCGUGCGAAAUUCGGAGGCCUCUUCGCGCCGAAGAAUCAGGAUGAUGAUGAGGAAGAGCCUGCAGCAACUGAAGGCACGCUGAAGCUCCCUUGGAGUUUCCCCGCAGGCAACAAGGGCACUCAGAAAGUAACAGAGGAUGUUGAGAAGGCUGAAGGGGAGAAGGGAACCCAGAAAUUUGUUUUCACUCCACCCUUUAAUCUGUUCGGUGCUACGAAGUCCGACAACAAGUCCCGCGACGACAAGCUCGUGUUUGUUGCCGGUGCGACUGGCAAAGUUGGCUCCCGUGUUGUCAGGGAAGCUAUCAAGGCUGGAUUCAAGGUCCGUGCCGGAGUGCGCAGCCUUACCAAGGCAGAUGAGGUCCUCACUGAUCUUCCGUCGCCACCGAAGAAGGGAUUUCUCGAUCUUUUCUUUGCGAAAGAGGCCGAUGUGGAGCUUGUGGAGUUCGACAUUUUUGACCCGGAGUCCGUUGAGGAAGCUAUCGGCAGUGCUGGCAAGGUCGUGUGCGCUAUUGGUGCAUCUGAGAAAGAACUGCUCAAUGUCUCAGGCCCGUACAGCGUGGACAAGGUUGCAACAGAGAACCUGAUCAACGCAUCGGCCGAGCUUGGAGUGAAGCAGUUCAUCAUGAUUUCAUCGAUUGGCACUGAGAAGUUUGGCUUCCCUGCAUCGCUGCUGAACUUGUUCUGGGGCGUUCUCUUCUGGAAGGCGCAGGCUGAGAAGUCCUUGAAAGCGAGCGGCGUUCCGUAUCUGAUCAUUCGCCCUGGUGGAAUGGAAAGGCCAACUGACUCCUACAAGGAGACGCAUAACCUGAAGCUCGAGGAAGGUGGCAGUCUGACUGGCGGACAAGUGUCCUCCUUGCAGAUCGCGGAGCUGGUUGCUGUUGCCCUGAACAAGCCAAAUCUUGCAACAAAUAAGGUUGUGGAAGCCGUUGCUGAGACGACUGCCCCUGAAGAGUCCAUUGAGAGCCUCUUGGCAGCUAUUCCUUCUGAUGAUGCAGAGGAAGACGAUGACGAGUACGACGAAGUAGAGGAAGUCGUAGUAGUCGAGAGGAGGGUGCCGGCUGAGCAAGAUACGUCAGCGCGUCAGAAGAAGAAGGAGGCUGAGGUUUCAGCGCGGGAAAGCCAGAAGCAGGCAGAGGCCAGAGCGGCAGCUGAGCGUAAGGCUGCUGAAGCAAAGGCAAAGCUGGCGGAGCAGCUCGAAAUUGCUCGUCAGCAAAAGGAAGAGGCUAUUGCUGAGGCCCAGACAGUCGCUGCUGAGAAGGCUGCGCUUGAGCAGAAGCGCCAAGAGAUCGAGUCACGAGCAGCCGCAGCUUCUCAAGCUGCUAAAGAGGCUAAGGCCUUGGAAGAAGCCGUUCUGGCUGCAGCCGCGGAAGGUCGAAUCUUGAGCCAGCGUGAAAAGGACCGUUUCAUCCGAGAAUUGCGUGAGAAGGAGGCAGCUGCUGCCGCUGCAGCUGAACUAGCGAAGGCAAGAGCAGAAGCUGAAGCUCGAGCCAAGGAAGCGGCAGCAGCCAAGGCUAAGGCAGAUGCAGAGGCACUGGCUAAGGCCAGGGAGCAGGCUGCUGCCCAGGCAAAGGCUGAAGCAAAAGCCAAGGCCAAGGCUGAUGCUGAGGCCAAGGCCAAGGCAGAGGCUGAGGCGAAGGCUAAGGCCAAGGCAGCGGCAGAGGCAGAGGCUAAGGCCAAGGCAGAGGCUAAGGCCAAGGCAGAUGCAGAGGCUAAGGCCAAGGCAGAGGCAGAGGCCAAGGCCAAGGCAGAGGCUAAGGCCAAGGCCAAGGCAGAGGCUGAGGCUAAGGCCAAGGAAGAGGCGGAGGCUAAAGCCAAGACCAAGGCGGAGGCUAAGGCCAAGGCGGAGGCUAAGGCCAAGGCGGAGGCCGAGGCUAAGGCCAAGGCGGAGGCGGAGACCAAGGCCAAGGCGGAGGCGGAGGCCAAGGCCAAGGUAGAGGCGGAGGCUAAGGCCAAGGCGGAGGCUAAGGCCAAGGCGGAGGCUAAGGCCAAGGCGGAGGCGGAGGCCAAGGCCAAGGUGGAGGCGGAGGCUAAGGCCAAGGCUGAGGCAGAGGCGAAGGCGAAAGCUGCAGCAGCAGCAAAAACUGGAGGUGGAUUCCGCUGGCCGUGGCAAGUGGAGCAGUCAAAGUCAUCCACGGACCUUCCACCAAGCCCGACUCCCCUGUCACCCUACACCAUGUAUCCUGACCUGAAGCCCCCUACUUCUCCGACUCCAUCUCCUCCCAAGCCGAGCCCUGAGGUAAUUGCUGCCAAGGCCAAGGCAGAGGCCGAGGCCAAGGCAAAGGCAGAAGCUGAUGCUAAGGCGAAGGCUGCGGCGGAAGUUAAAGCCGAGGCUGAGGCUAAGGCCAAGGCUGAUGCCGAAGCUAAGGCCAAGGCUGAUGCCGAAGCUAAGGCCAAGGCUGAUGCCGAAGCUAAGGCCAAGGCUGAUGCCGAAGCUAAGGCCAAGGCUGAUGCUGAAGCUAAGGCCAAGGCUGAGGCAGAAGCUAAGGCUAAAGCUGCAGCAGCUGCUAAGGCCAAGGCUGAAGCUGCUGCGAAGGCAAGCAGCAGUGGUGGGGGUCUAGCAUUCCGCUGGCCAUGGCAAGUUGCUGAGGCUCAGAAGUCGUCUACAGAUUUGCCUCCUAGCCCAACUCCUCUCUCUCCAUACACAAUGUACCCUGAUCUGAAGCCCCCGACAUCUCCCACCCCAUCUCCUCCGAAGCCUGAUCCUCAAGCCAAGGCUGCUGCUGAGGCUAAGGCCAAGGCAGAGGCUCAGGCCAAGGCUAAGACAGAGGCCGAGGCCAAGGCUAAGGCAGAAGCAGAAGCGAAGUCCAAGUCUGAGGCAGAGGCCAAAGCUAAGGCAGAGGCUGAGGCGAAAGCAAAGGCUGAUGCUGAUGCUAAAGCAAAGGCUGAGGAAGAAGCCAAGGCUAAGGCUGAAGCAGCUGCCAAGGCUAAAGCAGAAGCUGAGGUUAAGGCCAAGGCUGAUGCAGGAGGGAAGGUGAAGGCAGCAGCUGAGACACAAGCGAGUGGUGGUGGUCUCAACUUCCGCUGGCCGUGGCAGGUUGCAGAGGAGGAGAAGUCCUCCACUGACCUUCCACCAAGCCCAACCCCACUGUCUCCCUACUCACAGUAUGAAGACCUGAAGCCCCCCACCUCUCCGACUCCGUCUCCUCCAACACCUGUUGCCAAGGUGAAGGAAGAGGUUGCUGCCCCACCUGCUCCUGCUGCACCUGUGCCGCCGGUCCCAGCAGCUGCAAAGCCUGAGGUGGCUGUGGCAGCAGCAACUCCUGCAGCUGAUGCUUCUGCUGAUACUAAGAGGGUGUGGGUUACAUCUUCAGAAGGUGCGGGCAAGGGCCUUGAGCUGAAGUGGCCGUGGGAGGUUGCUGGAUCUGACUCCGGCAAUGGCAGCAGCAGCGGCGUUUCUGAUCUGCCAUACGCAAACCGACCCCUCAGCCCGUACACCAUGUACCCUGAUCUGCGACCACCUUCAUCUCCCAUUCCCCUUAGGUCUACAGACACGCAGAGCUAGUCAGCUGCACUAUUUUUUCUGAACAUUGAAGCGUGAAGGUGUGUCUGGUAGCGGGCCUAUCUGCACAUUCAUGGUCCACAUUUUGUUUUCUCGGUUCUUAUAGGUUGGUCCAUUGCUAAAAAAGUUUUGCGUGUUUGCUGGUACAUGGUUGUGAAUUGAUCAAUUAAGGAAAUGGUACCAU